AUGUUUCCAGAACCGGUUCCAGAUGGACAUGCUGAUGGAUUUGAACAAGGAGUACCUGCGUUAGAUGGGCAUCACGACGAUGGGGAAAUCAUUGCCAUCCUGUGCCACUCGAAGACGGUGUGCAACCAGUGUGCCCGCGACCGGGUGCUGUCCUCGCAGUCGGCAGUCGUCGAGGGGUCAGUGCUGCCGGAACACUUGGUCUAUCUGGUCCCGGUAGCGGCGGUUUCCGCCACGCUUGAGCAACCCACCCAAAUCGGCGGUGUCCCGCCCCAGCUUGGCGGUGUCUCUGCCGAGCAAAUCACAGAAACACUAUUUAGAGCACAAAUCAAACCUCCGGAUGGCGGCGGAUCUACCACGAACAUUGUGCGCAUCAUCAACGAGGGUUCGGACAAUAAGGCAUCGGUCGUGUCGACGGUCGGUAGCUUAGGCAGGCGGAGUGCCGUCUUCGAACCGCUCGAGCGCAACUCCAAUGACGGGGAGAAGGAGGAUGGAGAAUUGAAAGACGACAUUGACGACGCCGGAAACGGAAGGGAACUGCCGAAGAAGAUGGCCUCGAAGGUCACGCUCAAGGAUAUCGAGGCGCUUGGGAAGAAGAGUGACAGUUUCGGCGGCGGCGGCGGUUCAAUCUUUUCGCGGCUGGGCGAGAAGAGCAACCAGAGAGAGAGCAAAGUGACGAACAACAACCCACCCGCAAACUCCUCCCAAAUCCAGAACGUCAUUCCGGUAAAGAAGAUCCCUGCCAAGGUGGUCACGGCAGGUAACGACCAGUCGGUCUCCUCGCGACGGCGCAGCUUUGACCGCAUAAACUCGGACGUUGAGCUGGCCAUAUCCGUAUCCUUCUAG